AUGAGUGCCCAGAAUUCCUCCCCUAAAAUCCCGGAAGGUUAUAUUGCCAUCGACGGCCCCGAUAACAUCAAAUAUGUUGUCCCCCGCUUCAUGAUUCCGUCAUUGGAGCACGAUUUGGCAGUUUUGGGUUCUAAAGAAGAUCCGAUUGUUAAUAAUGCCGACCUCACUCGAAAGCCCAACGCCAAACAAUCCGACUCAUAUCUCACUCUAUCAGGUAUUCUACGUGUGCCUCCUGAAAACUCUUUAACCGACCAUGAGAUGCUUGCACUUCAUAGUGAAGUGCAAGCCUUGAAACAAAGCCUUGGCAUUUCAUACAAAGACGCCGCACAUAGGCUUUAUAUGGCGGAGGUUGCCAAAUUGAAGGUAGCGGACACUGAUAGACGAUAUCAUGCAUACAUAGAUAGAUGCAUUGCAAAAACUCUUACUAAGUUAGAAGAGAGGCAUAGUGUCCGCGAAGAUCUGGGAAACUCGGAGUAG